AUGGGGCUUAGAGACAUUCCCUGGCCCCCCUCACGCCCGCCUAGGCAGCAGCAGCAGCAGCCGCAGCAGCAGCCGCAGCAGCAGCAGCAGCCGCAGCAGCAGCAGCAGGAAAAGCCCCUUUAUCAGCACGAAGUCGAGCAGCAGCAGAAGCAGCAGCCGCAGCAGCAGCAGCAGCAGCAACCCAAGCAGCAGGAAGCCAACCUACGUGGGUCGGUGCCCUGCCCCUCGCAGCAGCAGCAGCAGCAGCAGCAGCCACAUGAGCAGCAGCAGCCAAGUGAGCAGCAGCAGCAGCCGAGCGAGCAGCAGCAGCAGCAGCAGCCGCAGCAGUUACACGAGCAGCAGCAGCAACCGCAGCAGCUAAAUCAAGAGCAGCAGCAGCCAUAUGAACAGCAGCAGCAACAGCCGCAUAGAGAACCGCAGCAGCCGCAAGUGCUGCUGCCGCAGCAGCAGCAGCCACAAGAGCAGCAGCAGCCACAAGAGCAGCAGCAGCCACAAGAGCAGCAGCAGCCACAAGAGCAGCAGCAGCAGCAGCAAACUCGCCAGCCAGCAGCUAGCCAAGGGAGCCCUGAGGCUGCCUCAAACGAGGGCGGUGAAGCCCCAGCAGCAGCAGCACCAGCAGCAGCAGCACCAGCAGCAGCAGCACCAGCAGCAGCAGCAGCACCAGCAGCAGCACCAGCAGCAGGAGGCCCCCACAGGGGGUGCUCCUCUUGCCACCAGCAGCAGCAGCAGCAGCAGCAGCGGGAAGCAACCCCACCAACAAACACACUUUUCAGUGGGGCCCCGCACCCCUCGGCAGAGGGCCCUAACUAG